UUUUUAUGAUUUAGCUGUCUAGCUAUAAAAGGCGACGUUCGUUGGAUUUUAUGAAAAGAAAAAGUUAAGAAACCAACAAGACUUGAAGGCUACUCACCUCCCUGCGCUGCACCAGUUCCCAUCCGCCUGCCCUUCAACUCACUCGCCCACUGCCUUGGCCUUUACCUACCGCCGCUUUUUGCUUGCAAUCGACCAGAAGAAGCAGCCAUGGAUUCCGAUUUCGGCAUUCCCAGAGAACUAUCACCACUUCAGCAACUCCGAUCUCAGUAUCAGCCGGAGCUCCCUCCCUGCCUUCAGGGAACCACUGUGAGGGUGGAAUUUGGUGAUGGUACCACAGCAGCUGAUCCAGCUGGGGCCCACACCAUAAGCCGGUUCUUCCCACACACCUACGGCCAGCCUUUAGCCCAUUUCCUUCGGGCAACUGCACAAGUUCCUGAUGCGCAUAUCAUCACUGAACAUCCACCUUACAAGGUCGGACUAGUCUUCUGUGGAAGGCAGUCCCCGGGUGGACAUAACGUCAUAUGGGGUCUUCACAAUGCUCUCAAGACUCAUAAUCCCAAGAGUGUAUUGCUCGGAUUUCUGGGUGGAUCUGAGGGAUUGUUUGCACAAAAAACUCUUGAAAUCACAGACGACGUUCUCACUACCUACAAAAAUCAAGGUGGUUAUGAUUUGCUGGGAAGGACCAAAGAUCAAAUACGAACAACUGAACAAGUUAAUGCUGCAUUGGCUGCCUGCACAGACCUUAAGUUGAAUGCCCUUGUUAUCAUUGGAGGGGUUACAUCAAAUACGGAUGCUGCUCAACUUGCUGAGACAUUUGCCACUGCUGGGUGCCCAACCAAGGUGGUUGGUGUCCCUGUUACUUUGAAUGGAGAUCUCAAGAAUCAAUUUGUGGAAGCUAAUGUUGGGUUUGAUACAAUAUGCAAGGUAAAUUCCCAGCUGAUCAGCAAUAUGUGUACUGACGCUCUUUCUGCUGAGAAGUACUAUUAUUUUAUUCGGCUAAUGGGUCGUAAAGCUUCUCAUGUUGCCUUGGAGUGCACUCUUCAAUCUCAUCCCAAUAUGGUCAUUCUUGGUGAAGAGGUAGCAGCAUCAAAACUUACUCUUUUUGACAUCAGUAAGCAGAUUUGUGAUGCAGUCCAAGCCAGAGCAGAACAAGAUAAAAACCACGGUGUUAUUCUGCUACCUGAGGGUCUAAUUGAAAGCAUUCCCGAGGUGUAUGCACUACUGAAGGAAAUACAUGGUCUACUCAGGCAGGGCAUUACUGCUGAUAAAAUUUCAUCUCAACUUUCACCAUGGGCAUCUGCUCUGUUUGAGUUUUUGCCAAUAUUUAUCAAGAAGCAGCUGCUUCUUCACCCUGAAUCUGAUGACUCUGCUCAGCUGUCCCAGAUUGAGACAGAGAAACUCUUGGCACAUCUUGUGGAGGUAGAAAUGAACAAGCGCCAGAAAGAAGGCACAUACAAGGGGAAGAAAUUCAAUGCCAUCUGCCACUUUUUUGGUUAUCAGGCUCGUGGAUCUUUACCAUCGAAGUUUGACUGUGACUAUGCCUAUGUUCUUGGCCAUAUCUGCUACCAUAUUCUUGCUGCUGGUCUAAAUGGUUACAUGGCAACUGUUACUAACCUUAAGAACCCUGUGAAUAAAUGGCGUUGUGCUGCUGCCCCAAUCACAGCAAUGUUGACAGUGAAUCGAUGGGCUCAAAGUCCCGGUGCACCUUCAAUUGGAAAACCUGCUAUUCAUCCAGCUACUGUUGACUUGAAUGGCAAGGCAUAUGGGUUGUUGAGACAAAAUGCAGUGAGAUUUUUGUUGGAUGAUCUGUACAGAAACCCGGGACCGCUACAGUUUGACGGUCCAGGGGCAGAUGCCAAAGCUGUGACUCUGUGCGUUGAAGACCAAGAUUACAUGGGCAGAAUCAAGGCACUGCAGGAAUACUUGGAUAAGGUUCGUACCAUAGUGAAGCCAGGUUGUUCGCCUGAAGUCCUGAAGGCUGCUUUGAGUGUAAUGGCUUCAGUGACAGAGGUUCUUACCACCAUGUCAUCAACUCCAUCCAAUGGCCUCAUCACCCUGUAGAGAGACUGUCCUUUCUUGCGGUUCUAUUAUGUAGCUCUCUUUUUCUGCAUUUGGGGUUGGAGUUUUGGAAUUCACUGACUGAAUGAACAACUCUUUUUUUGUCUUUUCGUUUUUGAGAGAUGCAGAAACUUGUUUUUAAUGUAUUUAGAUGAUGCUAAUGAUGGAUGAGUCGCGUUUUAAUUCGAUGUUUUGCCUUUGUGGGUGGGUAAUAAAAGGAAAUGAAGCUCUCGUUAUAGUU